AUGUUUUCGGAAUAUAUUAAGGCUUAUCCAAAAUUCCAAACUCUACUUUAUAUACUAGGUAUACUUGGCUUGCUCAAAUGCACAAAAAUGCUCUGGUUUAUAUGGAAAUUGAUGAGACCAAGUACCAACCUUAAAAAAUACGGGAAUGGCUCUUGGGUAUGCAUAACAGGGGCAUCAGAUGGAAUAGGAAAAUAAUUGGCAAUGAAAUUUUCAUAGAAGGGAUUCAAAAUAAUCUUGGUUGCUAGAACACGUUCAAAAUUAGAGGCAGUGGCACAAUAAUUACAAACUGAAUCACACAUCAUAGUUGCCGAUUUUGCUCAAUCUAUGGACAUUAAAUUGUUUGACAAAAUAAUGGAUGAAGUAGGCGAGAGAGACGUGAGUAUAGUCAUAAACAAUGUUGGUGCAGAUGCUUUUAAUCGUUUUCAUUUGAUCUCAGAUGAAGAAAUCUACAAAACCAUUAUAGUGAAUUGCUUACCAGUGACUAUGCUAUGUAAAAGAUUCAUUCCACAACUGCUAAGAAGGAGAUCACAUAAAUCUGCCAUAGUAAAUGUGACAUCUCUGGCAGGAUAGAUCCCAACGCCCUAUUUCAAUGUAUAUAGUGCAAGUAAAUCCUAUGGGGAAUAUUUGACAUCUACAUUGAGUGCUGAAUAUCCUGAAUUGGAAGUCUUUGCUUUAAGACCCUCUGAGGUCUCAACCAACAUGACAUUUAAUAGGAAACCAGAUUUGAUGACCAUCACCCCUUCAGAUUGUGCUGAUGGACUCUUGAAGAGAAUGGGAUGGAAUACAAAUGGACAUUGGAAUCAUGAGAUAUAAGCUGAAUUCUAUCUAUUCGCGCCACGUUGGUUAUUCAAUUGGGUAAUGAUUAAGUUCAUUGCUCCUUAAUGGAUGAAGGAGAGGGCAUCUACAACUGAUACUUAGAAGAAAAACAACUGAUUAAUGAGUGGUAUAAAAAGAUUUGAGAUUAUCCUCUUUAAAAUUAUUUAUCAAUUUAAUAUUUUUAGA